UCCCAGUCCCUGGUGCCAGCUCAGGGGUCACAGACUCCAGAGAGCAGCCCCCCAGCCCCACUGCCUGUCUUCAGGAGCAUCAGGUGCCAGCUUGCUUUGUUGGAGCUGCCAGAUGACUGUGGGCGGCAGCCCCGUGCCGCCGUACCCUCCAAGAGCUCCCCUAGGAACAUCCCAAGCCGGGGGCUGUCGGUGCCGCUGGGGCAGCGGGAGCACGCCUGGCUAGUGGCCGUGUCAGCAGGGUGCUGGGCACGGGUGCGGGGACUCUUCCUGGAAGAGCCAGAGCUGGCCCUCCAGCGGGACUUCAUGUCGGGUUUCACAGUCCUGCACUGGCUGGCCAAGCACGGCGACGGGCCGGGCCUGCAGGAGCUGGCGGCAGCGGCACGGCAGGCUGGGCUGUCUCUGGAUGUGGAUGCCCGUUCGGGCUGCGGGUACACUCCCCUGCACCUGGCUGCCAUACAUGGCCACCAGCUUGUCAUCAAGGUGCUGGUGCUGCAGAUGGGGUGCCAGGUGCAGGUGAGGGACAGUAGCGGGCGCCGGCCCUGGGAGUACCUGGGCAGCUCCACCUCGGGGGAGAUCUGGCAGCUCCUGGAGGCACCCCGAGGCACGAUUAUGUUCCCCACACAGCCCCUGGCCUGCAAUGUACCCUCUGUCACCAAGGUCUCGCCGUCUGCUGGCAGGGCAGCACUGCCUGCCUGCCUCAGGCCGCAGCACAGCCGCGGGGCAUCAUCCCACCGAACCGGCAGCAAGAGUGACUGA